AUGCUGGUGACUGGACGCGCCUCAAACAGCGCUUUAAUUGGUGCACAACCCACAGUAGCAGACGCUCAGCCAGUCCCGGAGCCUCGUGCAGCGGCUUCGACCUCAGCUCCAGGACGAGAGCUGCAGGAGUCACCAGUGGGUGUUGUGAGCCUCGUCGCACCGAGUUCAGGUCACAAGCAAUCGCCAAACGGUCUAGGAGAAAAGAGGAAACGAGAAGACGAUACCGAGCCACAACUCACGAAGAAACGGAAGAUCGAAUUCCUGGAAAGACCCCUGACUCACGAAGAGAUGAAUGUUCUCGACAAAGAAUUGAGGCGACUCGAUACAGACCGGGAAUUUGUAGAUUCCAAGCUUCAGAAAGAAACGAACGCAAAGCACGAGGAAGAUGAGCGCAACAAGAUGCGAGGCACUUCAGUAGAGGCGGCCCACAAUCUGCAGUAUGCGAACAGCAACUCCAAGGAAGCGCAUAAGGAGUCGGAACGGCUACAACAGGAGAUCAGAAUCACACAGAUUAGGAAGAGGCUCGGUGGCAUGGAAGUUUCAGGCUGGAUCCUCUCGCCAGAGGAUGAACGAUUCCUCGAGGACGCCGGCAUUGAAUGGAAUUCCUAG